AUGUUCCCCAUCCCCGUGCACGCGACAGUCCAGACGGCGCCGCCGAUACGCCGUCCGUUGCCACGAAUCCAGCCCUUCAAAUGCCAAGCCGCGGCCGCCGACCCCGACCUCGCCGUCAACUCCUGCCUGGUGCUCUCCUCCGCGUUCCGGCAAGCGUACGCCGGAGACACGACCGGCCUCAACUUCGAGACCCUCAACAGGUGCGCUCACGACUUGGUCAACCUCGGCCAUGGCGAGGUGCUCUACACCCAGGUCGCCACGAGCAUGGCGGCGGGGGUUGAGAAGGUCGCGGAGUCUCUGGACCGCUCCGCCUCCGUGCCGGACGCCGAGUUCCUGCGGGAGCUGCUCGGCGAGUGGAAGAAGCACGGCCGUGCCGUCCUCAUGAUCCUCGACAUCGUCAUGUACAUGGAGCGUUCGUUCGUCCUGAAGAGGGGCAAGGCGUCCGUGCGCGAGCUGGGGCUCCGGGCGUGGCGCGACGGCGUGGUCCGCCGCUCCGCCAGUGAGGUGCGGCCGAGGCUACGAGCCGCCCUGCUCAGGAUGGCACGGCGGGAGCGGGCCGGCGAGGCCGUCGACACAGCGCUCUACGAGCUGAUGGCCAGUGCGACCAAGAUGCUGGUGGAGCUGGGCGGCAAUGUGUACCAAGAAAUCCUCGAGACGCCGUUCAUCGACGAGAGCGGCCGGUUCUACGGCCGGGAGUUCGUCCGGCUGCUCCCCACGCCGUGCGACUGCGGCGAGUAUCUAAGCAAAGUCGAGUCCAUGGUCGACGCGGAGAAGGCGCGAGUCUCCCGCUGCCUGGGCGCUCCGACGACAGAGGAGAAGGUGACGGCGGUGGUGCUGCGGGAGAUGGUGGAGAAGGCCGUGGCGCGGCUGGUCGGCAUGGAGAGCUCCGGGCUCGCGUCCAUGCUGGUGUACGGCAGGUACUGGGACCUGACCAGGAUGCACCGGCUGCUCGGGCGCGUCCAGGGCGGCUUACCGGCGAUGAGGGACGUGAUGGAGGCUCACUUCCGGUUGGUCAGGAAGGCGGAGGGCGACGACGAGCGGUUGCUGUCCGGCGAGAAGGACAGGUAUGCUGAGAUGAUCGACGGCGUGUUCCACGGCGAGGAGUCCUUCCGUGCCGCUCUGGACUCCUGCUUCACAUGA